AUGGACUUCAGUUUAGAUCCAGCAGUCCUGAAAGGUCCCCUACCGUCAGGCUGGACUAUCGAGGAAGUUAACCAGCAUGGAAGUUCGAGUUGGUCAACGGGAUACAAGCUAUGCUUGGAAAAAGACGGUGAAGAGCAGGAGUACUUCCUCAAGGUUGGCCAUCGGCCGCAGCACGCGGAGAUGGCCCUUGGCGAAUACGAGAGUCAAAAAGCAUUAGCUCAGCAUUUGCCACACAAUUCGGUUGUUCCGGUAGCUUUCGGCACAUUCGAACUGGACCCGACCAAGUCGUUCUUCCUGACAACAUACCGUGAAUUGAAAGAGAAGACACCGGACCCAGCGCAGUUGGUAGAAGUGUUGGCCAAGCUGCAUAACGGCUCGUCUUCACCGACAGGUAAAUUUGGCUUCCAUGUCACCACCUUUAAUGGCCAUGUUCCACUGCAGAACAAGUGGUGCGACAGUUGGGAGCAAUGGUAUAGUCGUCAGCUCCAAUCAGACAUCAGAUGGGAACAGAGUGUCCGAGGCUUAGAUCCCGACUUCAACCAAGUUGCAAUGGAGUUCAUCGCAAAAGUCAUACCGCGCUUAUUGAGACCACUUCAAUCUGGUGGUCGGACUAUCAAGCCUACUCUCGUCCACGGCGACCUAUGGCAUGGUAACGCUCAAGUCGACAUGGACACCAAGCAGGUGAUUUUGUUUGAUUCCUGCUGCUGUUAUGCGCACAAUGAAUUGGAGUUGCACAUGAUGAGGCAACCGCGUUAUCGUUUCACCCAAGAAUAUGUGAAUAAAUACAAAGAGGUGAUCCAGCCUUCGGAGCCCGUCGAGGACUUCGAUGAUCGCAAUGCGCUAUAUGCCAUGCGGGACGAUAUUAUCAAUGCUGGAUUGCACGAACAUCGAGCUUACCUUCGUGAUGAGGUGAAACAAGAAAUGUUACGUCUCCUCGCAAAACAUCCAAAUGGCCUUGACGGGUUUCAAGACUCCUCCACUGUUUGA